UCCAAAGUAAACAUAAUAGGAUAAACAUUUGACUGAGAGGCUGGUACUACCAUGUACAACUGGAACCAGUCUGUUUUUUCUCCUUUCUUUUCAAGACACCUUUCUUUUAUUUCCUUUCCUCAUAUUUUUUGGCAAAGAAUACACACCUUUGUUUAUGGAGAAAAGUUACAGCCAGUACAGCUUCUGCUCCAGGAUGUUUUGGAUUUCUCAAGCACUUUAUUUCACUGUGUUGUUUUCUUCUGCACGUAGUGAAUGUAUGUCCAAGAUCUACAGAAACACAUAUAUCCAAGGAGGAGACAUAUCUAAGGUUUAUACUCCAACUGCAGACUAUUGUCAGAUGGUGUGCACUUAUCACCCAAGAUGUCUUUUGUUCUCCUACAUACCUGGAAACUGGGCGAAAAAUACUGCAAGGUUUUCUUGCUUCCUGAAAGAAAUUGAUACUCAAGAAUUGCCAAAAGUACCCCAGGAAGGAAUAAUCUCUGGUCAUUCUCUGAAGCAAUGCACUCAAAUUACUGCUUGCAGCAAAAAAGUAUACGAAGGACUGGAUAUGCAAGGAGAAAAUUACAAUAUAACUACUGCUGACAAUUAUCAUCGCUGCCAACAGAGAUGCACCAACGAUAAGCACUGUUACUUUUUCACGUAUACCUUAGAAUCAUUUCACAGCCCAGCUCUGCGUAAUAAAUGCUACUUGAAAUAUAGUAGCACAGGAACCCCGACCCAGAUAAGGCAGCUUAGGGAUGUUGUCUCUGGAUUCUCAUUGAAACCAUGCCAACUUGCCCAAACAGAUUGUCAGAUGGACUUUUUCCAACAUUUUGCAUUUUCUGGAAUUACUGUUGCAAAGGUUUUGACCCCUGACAAAUUUGUAUGUAGAACAGUUUGUACUUACCGUCCAAACUGCUUAUUCUUUACAUUUUUCAGCAGUGAAUGGGAGAUAAAAAGCCAAAGGUAUACCUGUCUGAUGAUGACUUCAAGAAGUGAAACACCAGACAGAAUUGCAGAAAGAGCAAAUGCUAUAUCAGGAUUCAGUCUCCUGAACUGCCAAAGAGCUGAACCUGCAUGCCAUUCCCAGACCUACCCUGAAUUAAACUUCCAUGGGACAGAACUGAGUGUAGAGUAUGUCGAUGGGCACAAGGCUUGUCAAGAACUUUGUACAAUGACCCUCCGCUGCCAAUUUUUCAUUUACGUUUUCCGUAAAAUGCAAUGCAACCAUGAAGGCAAAUGUAAAUGCUACUUAAGAAUGUCUGCCAAUGGGUCUCCAGAUAAUAUCGAGGCCAAGAAUGAAAUAGUUUCAGGCUACUCUUUAAGGCUGUGCCAAACUAGCAGAAGCCCUGUCUGUGUGCAGAAACCAAAGCAACAGUCAAGGAUUGUUGGAGGCUCAAAUUCUUCUGUUGGCGAAUGGCCUUGGCAAGUCAGUUUACAUACAAAGCUCUCUAUUCAGAGCCAUCAUUGUGGUGGUUCAAUCAUCAGUGACCAAUGGAUUUUGACGGCUGCCCAUUGCUUAGAAGACAUUCCGUUAACUGAACAUUGGCAUGUUUACAGCAACAUUUUGAAACAGUCUGAAAUAACUAAUGAAACUACCUUCUUCAAAGUCCAAAAGAUGAUUAUUCAUCCUAGGUAUGAGAUUUCAGAGGCAGGAUAUGACAUUGCUUUACUAAAGCUUGAUACACCUAUGAAUUUCAGUGUUUUACAGCAACCUGUAUGCCUGCCCUCCCAGGAAGAAAUGAACAUGGCAAAAUACACUGAGUGCUGGGUGACCGGAUGGGGUUACACAAAAGAGAGAGGCACAAUCGAAGACACGCUACAAAAAGUCAAAAUCCCCAUAAUGCCAAAUGCAGAAUGUCAGUUUCAAUACCCUGAGCACAGAAUAACUGACAAGAUGUUGUGCGCCGGUUACCCAGAAGGGGGCAAGGAUGCUUGCCAGGGAGAUUCAGGCGGCCCAAUGUCGUGUAAAUUCCAGAACAGUUGGUAUUUGGUUGGCAUUACCAGCUGGGGUGAAGGAUGUGCUCGUCCAGGACAACCAGGAGUUUACACCAAUGUGGCUAAGUUUGUAGACUGGAUUCUGGAACAAACGUUAGAAGAUUAAAACAAAAAAAUACUAAGGUCAAAUCAGUCAGAGUUCCUGCAUGCUACUAAUUUCAUGUGGGUUUGUUCAAAUGCCUGUUCCAUCCUGUUUCUGCAUUAUUCUAAAAUUUUGAAAAAUGUGCACAAAAUUUCAUAUUUAAAUGGAUAUAUUUUGAAUGUCCUUUAUCAGAAUACAGUACUUCAGACCAUGCAGAUUCAGAUGAAAACUAGAUUCCAUUUCUUUCAUUGCUCCUGAAUGUAUGGAUCAAGGCAAUUCACAGUGGAAUUUACAAAGAUGGGAUUUUUCAAAUUUUCCAGUUUAUAUGGAGUAUACAUAUCUGGACUAUUUCUGACCAAGAGAUCUGAAGUUCCUAAAAGUACUUUCAGACUUGCAUGACUGAUGCCAGCCCUUCAAGGUAGUCCAGACAAGAAGCACCAACCACGAGUAC